UUUGUUUUGUGCAGAACAAUUGUUUGUAAAUUUGAAUUGGUCCUCUUCAUAUGUUGAUCCAACAAUUUGUUGAAAAAUGAAUCGUAGACCGCGACAUUAUUAUGUGAAAACUCCGUGGUUUAAACGCAAAUACGUUAAAAAACCAAGAAAUGCAACGGUUGUCCCUCAACCCGAACCACAACCUCAAAACGCUACGAAUGAGCAUGAUGUACCGGAUGACGAUCAAUACUUCCAUGACGACCUAGGAAAUAAUUGUAAUGAUCCGAAUAUGAGAGCUCCCGAUUACAUUGACGCACAAGCUGGUUUGAUAGAGUUUCCGCCAUCGACAAGUUCAGAACCAGUAAGGAGUAGGUUCUCCGGAUUGCCAAGGACGGAAAAUUUGUCUGGCGAAGAAUCAGAAAGCUCGGAAACUUUGAUCGAUGGCACUUUCCAAUACUUUAAUGAACCUUACGUUGGAGACUCCGAUUCUUCACAGUCAUGAGACUUUUCCAACUCGGACGAUUCAAUGGAUGGAAGAUUUCACGAAACAAAUGAUGAAGCUUUCGGCGGACCAGGUGUAGAAUCAUGUUGCGGAUCGGACAACUCGGGGAGCUAUGGUGAAUCAGCCAAGUUUUUCGACAAUAUUCGGGUAAAGGAUGUUAUGUUAAUGGCUCUUAACUAUUAUAUAAAACACAAGCUUACCCAAGAAGGUUUGGAGGACCUUAUGAAGAUGCUUAAUGUUUUGACUGUAGGCAAAACUUUCCCCGAAAGCUUAUCCACGUUUACAUCUGCUUUUCCCCCACCAUACGAAACUGAAAGAGUUUUUUUUCUGCGUAAAAUGUCAAUAUGGGUAUGACUCUGCUCCGCAACCUGAAACCUCAUGUCCCGUGGAAAAUUGUGGAUCAAUUAAAAAAGACUUCUUCAUAACUUUUCCCAUAGAGCAGCAGAUCAGAGAAACCUUUCUCAAAUACUCCAAAGAGAUAACUGAAUACGAAGCAGCAGUUAUUACUGAGGAUAUUCGAGAUAUAAGCCGUGGCAAAUUAUCACAGUCAAUAAGGAUGAAUGACAAUUUCAAAUACAUAACUCUUUCUGCAAACGAAGACAGUGCCGCAGCUGUGAAAUGCUCUAACAAGAAGCCAAUUUAUCCAUUAUUCCUGACGCUGAACAACUUGCCUCCUAAACUACGAUUCAACAAAAAUAAUCUCCUUCUCGCUGCUUUAUGGUUCAAUCCUGGAAAACCAAACAUGGCCCUUUUUCAUAAAAACUUCGUACUUCAGAUGCAAGAACUACGUAAGGGAAUGCUUAUAGAAGAUGAGGUCUACAAAGUUGUCCUGCUUCAGAACUGUACGGAUUCUGUUGGUCGGUGCGAAUUAUUUUGCUCAAAGCAAUACAAUGGAUGGUAUGGCUGCACUUUUUGCUUACAUCCGGGAAAAUUAGUAAACAAACAGAUAAGAUAUCCAUACCAGAAAGCAAAAUUAAGAGAAGACAACGAAACGAGAAAAAUUAUGUUUGAACUGGCAAAGUGUCCUUCAAAAGAACCAGUUUAUGGAAUAAAAGGCAUAUGUGUUUUGACUGGAGUCCCAGAUUUCAAUAUAAUCAUUGGUUUACCACCUGAUUACAUGCACAUGGGAUUGAUUGGCAUUACAAGAAUCCUUUGGGAAUUGCUUAUGGUAGGCGAUGGAUCAAAUAAACAGCGGACGUGUUAUGUAGGAAAUCAAACAUCAUUGGUAGAGGACAGGCUUUCAUCAAUCAGACUUCCGAGUAGCUUUCCGCGGAAUAUAAGAAGUGUAGAAGAGUACCUAAAAUUCAAAGCAAGCGAAUGGGAAACGUUAUUAUUUCACUGUAUAUAUCCAAUUAUGCACGACCUUAUGCCAAAACAAUAUCUCGAUAUGAUAAUGUUGUUCUCAACAAGUAUUUUUGAGCUCCUACAAUCUCAGAUUUCUGAUAGUACUUUGCUAAACUGUGAAAAAAAUCUAGUUAAAUUUGUCAAAGAGUUUCAGAAAACUUUUGGUGUAGAAAAUGUAGUCUACAACAUUCAUCUGGCAACUCAUUUAGUAGAGUCAGUUAGGAAUUUGGGAGCACUGUGGAACUCCUCUCUUUUUCCUUACGAAAAUGGGAAUGGCAUGCUCAUUAAUUUCCAUACGUCAAACAAUCAUCCAGUCAUCCAAGUUGCCUCAAAGUUUAUUUUGAACCGCAUAUGUCACCAUACACAAAUAGCUAGCAACAGCGCUACAAAAAAUUGGAUUAAAAAUAUUUGGUCUUCACCUCGGAAAAACCCUCCAUAUAAUCAUAAAAUUAAAUCUGUGCUCCCAGAUAACAUGAAAUGUGAUGAAGAUGUAUCCCAAAAAGUAUUUAACGAUGUUGGUAGAUGGUACUGUAAUGGGUUCAAAAUUUGCACUAAGUCUACAUGUGCCAAAUUUUCGUACGACGAUUCGUUCGUAAAUAUUAACGAUAAAUUCUUUCAUAUCUUACGUAUUCUAAUUGAUAACGACGAUAAGGCUUAUAUUUUGGGACAAAAGUUAGUAACUAAAAAGUUGUACGGUAAUAUGUUUACUUAUAAAUAUUCAGAAGACUCUGUACUAUUUAGAAUUACAAAUACAUUGAAACAAUGUGUAAGCGUAACAGUAAAGCCGAAUGACGGAAAUUCCGAGAACAAAAGUUUUAUUUCAAUUUGUAAAUCUAGAACGCAAGUAGAUUAAAAUUUGAGCAUUCAGGAAAAAGGUGUUAACGAUUCUAAUUAUUUCAUGGCUAAAUGGUGAUCCAUAAAUGACUCACCACCCCC